AUGACUAUCCAACUGCUCGAAGGUGCUUCACAAGGCUGGAAAUGCCCACAAUGCGGACUCCCAGGAGUGCGUCUAUCCAGACGCCCAGGUAGCUCCGGUGUUACCAGUCGGGCAUACUACAAAUGUGUCCCGUGCAAUCGCUCCCUGGGCCUUUGUCCUUGCACCACGCCAGGGGACCGGACGACCUCUACGUGCCCGUGCAGUGACUCGGAAAGUAGCGAUGCCGAGUCUCCCAGCUUAGAGGAUGAGCCUCGCGGCGGCUUCAUGUUUUCAACGAAGCAAACAUUCAACCCACACAACCCGAACUCGGGGUUCGAUGAGGAUUGGGAAGCAAAUUGCAGCCCGGGCUUUAUGGUUUCGAGAUUCAAGGCUGCGGGCAAGGAGUUGCUUUUCUGA